AUGUUGGCUCCCCAAGAACCAAAGGGCCUUGUCCCCUUCACUAAAGAGUCUCUUGAGGCUAUAAAACAGCACCUCGCUGAAAAACACAAUGAGGAACUUGAGGAAGAAGAAUUAAAGCCCAACUCUGACUUGCAAGAUGGCAAAGAGCUUCCAAUUAUUUAUGGAAGUCUGUCUAGAGGAAUGGUGUCAGAGCCCUUGGAAGAUGUGGACCCGUAUUACAAAGGGAAAAAUACUUUCAUUGCAUUAAAUAAAAACAGAACUAUCUUCAGAUUCAAUGCUGUUUCUAUAUUGUGCACCUUAUCUCCUUUCAGCACAGUUAGAGGAGCAACUAUCAAGGUUCUGGUACACCCAUUUUUCCGAUAUUUAAUUUUAAUCAGUGUCCUUACUGAUUGUAUAUUUAUGUCUAUGAGUAACUUGCCAAAAUGGGGACCAGCAAUAGAGCAUACACUACUUGGAAUUUAUACUUUUGAAAUCAUUGUGAAACUGAUUGCAAGAGGCCUCUGCACAGGAUCCUUUUCUUUUGUUGGUGAUGCAUGGAACUGGCUUGACUUCAGUGUGACAUUGUUUGAGCUCAUAGCCAGAUAUGUACCUGUAAACUUGAUUCUAAAGCUUCAAACUGUUAGAACUCUGAGAAUUCUGAAGAUUAUUCCUCUAAAUCAAGGUCUGAAGUCACUUGUAGUGAUCCUCAUCCACUGCUUCAAGAAACUGCUUGGUGUCAUUAUCCUAACUCUGUUUUUUCUGAGUGUAUUUUCUCUAAUUGGGAUGGGGCUCUUCAUGGGUAACCUAAAGCACAAAUGUUUACGAUGGCCUCAGGAAAAUGAAAAUGAAACACUGCGUAACAGUACUGAAAACCCAUAUUACAUUCGAGAAACAAAAACCUUUUAUUAUUUGGAAGGAGAAAGAUAUGCUCUUUUGUGUGGUAACAGAACAGAUGCUGGUCAGUGCCCUGAAGGAUAUGUGUGUGUCAAAGCUGGCAUUAAUCCUGAUCAUGGCUUCACUAAUUUUGACAAUUUUGGCUCAGCCCUAUUGGCUCUGUUUCGGUUGAUGAUGCAGGAUUACCCCGAAGCACUUUAUCACCAGAUUCUUUAUGCUUCUGGGAAGGUCUAUAUGAUCUUUUUUGUUUUGGUAAGCUUUUGGUUUGCCUUUUAUAUGGCAAGUUUGUUCUUAAGCAUAAUUGCUGUGGCCUAUGAAGAAGAAAAGCAAGCAGCUUCCGAAAAACCCAAGAACAUUAUAUCAACAUUUAAACAGAGUGUAAUGGAACUGCAAGAAAGAGAUGAGACCACACACAUAGAAAUGAAGACUAGAUCAUCAGCUUCUAUGAACACAUCUUUGGGUAUACUGGAAGAUCCUACUUUCAGACAAAAAGAAGAACUUGGAAAUUCCAAGAAGUUAUGCCCAUUGUGCUGGUAUAAGUUUGCUAGAACUUUCUUGAUAUGGAAUUGUUCUCCCUGUUGGUUAAAACUGCAAGAGAUUUUCCACAAAGUUAUAACAGACCCAUUUACUGAUCUUUUCUUAACCAUGUGCAUCAUUUUAAGUAUAUAUUUUUUGGCCUUGGAACAUUAUCCAAUGAGUGAAGGAAUCAGCCAGCUUCUCAGCCUUGGAAACCUGGUUAUAAUUGCAAUUUUUACAAUAGAAAUGAUUUUUAAAAUAAUUGCCAUGCAUCCGUAUGGAUAUUUCCAAGUAGGCUGGAACAUUUUUGAUAGCAUAAUUGUGCUCCUUGGAUUAGUCGAACUUUAUCUAGCAAAUGUUGAAGGAAUGGCUCUUUUCCAAUCAUUCAGGAUGUUGCGAAUUUUCAAGUUGGGAAAAUACUGGCCCACUUUCGAGAUCCUGGUGCUGACACUUGGCAACUCCUUGGAGGCCCUGAAAGAUGUGAUUCUACUGUUGUUCACAUUCAUCUUUUUCUCUUCUGUGUUUGGCAUGAAGUUGUUUGGUAGAAGUUACAAACAACAUCUGUCUCAUACAGACAGUGACUUUCAACUCCCACGCUGGCACAUGUGUGACUUCUUCCACUCCUGCAUGAACGUGUUCCGAAUUCUCUGUGGAGAGUGGAUAGAGACCUUAUGGGACUGCAUGGAGGUAGCAGGCCAACCUCAGUGUGUUUUGUUUUAUAUGAUGGUUAUCUUAAUAGGAAAUUUUCUGAUAAUUUACUUGUUUCUGGCAUUAGUGGUCUCAUUUGGCACCUAUAAUGCUGUGAAAGCUGAAGAGAGCAAUGAAGCAAAAAAUCUCCAACUUGCAAUAACAAGGCUUAAGGCGAAAAUAAGCUGUGUAUUUCUCAAAAUAUUGUGCAAAAAACAAAGUGCUCCAAAGGAGGUGGUGGACCAUGUGAAUGAUGUGUAUGUUACAGAGAACAUCUCUGAUCAUACUCUCUCUGACCUGAGCAACUCUCAAGAUGUCCUCAAGGAUAAUGAAGUAGGUAACGGCACCGAGAGAAACACCAUGACUGAAAAUGAGAAGCUGUCACUUAUCCCCAGUCCCAGUGGCUCAGAAACGGUGCCGAUUGCCUCCGGAGAAUCGGAUAUAGAGAAUCUAGAUAAUAAGGAAAUUCAGAGCAAGUCUGGUGAUGGAGACAGCAAAGAGAAAUUAAAGCAGUCUAGCUCAUCUGAAUGCAGUACAGUGGAUAUUGCCAUCUCUGAGGAAGAAGAAAUGUGCUAUGAACGUGAGAAGGCAAAGCAUCUAAAAAAUGGUUGCAGACAAAGGUCUUCCCUUGGCCAAAUCAGUAGACUCUCCAGGAAAGGCAGAAUUUGGCAGAACCUAAGGAAAACUUGCUGCAAGAUAGUUGAAAACAGUUGGUUCAAGUGUUUCAUUGGACUUGUGACUCUGUUCAGUACAGGUACCCUGGCUUUUGAAGAUAUAUACAUUGACCAGAAAAAAACUAUCAAAAUUUUACUAGAAUAUGCUGACAUGAUCUUCACUUACAUAUUCAUUCUGGAAAUGCUUCUAAAGUGGAUGGCAUAUGGUUUUAAAGCCUAUUUUUCUAACAACUGGUACAAACUGGACUUCAUGGUUGUUGUUGUAUUUUGUCUUAGCUUAAUAGGCAAAACUCGAGAAGAGCUAAAACCACUUACUUCCAUUAAAUUCCUACGGGCACUCAGAGUUCUAUCUCAAUUUGAAAGAAUGAAGGUUGUUGUGAGAGCUUUAAUAAAAACUACUUUACCAGCUUUGAAUGUAUUUCUGGUCUGCCUUCUGAUCUGGCUGAUAUUUAGUAUCAUGGGAGUGCACUUAUUUGCUGGAAAAUUUUAUGAAUGCAUUGAUCCAAUAAGUGGAGAAAGGUUUCCUGUAUCCGAAGUCAUGAAUAAGACUCAAUGUGAGAGCCUUGUUUUUAAUGAAUCCAUGCCAUGGGAAAAUGCAAAAGUAAACUUUGAUAAUGUUGGAAACGGUUUCCUUUCACUGCUUCAAGUAGCAACAUUUAAUGGAUGGAUCACUAUUAUGAACUCAGCAGUUGAUUCUGUGGGUAUAAAUAUGCAGCCUAGUUUUGAAUAUAGUAUCUACAUGUAUUGCUACUUCAUCAUCUUUAUUAUGUUUGGACUAUUUCUCCCUUUGAGUGUGCUGAUUAGUGUGAUUGUGGUCAAUUUCAACAAACAUAAAAUAAAGCAGGGAGGCUCAAACAUCUUUGUAACCGCAACACAAAAGAAACAGUACCGUGAGCUAAAGAAGCUGAUGUGUGAUGACUCUCAAAGACCAGUGCCUCGUCCAGGAAACAAGUUCCAAGGAUUAAUUUUUGACUUGGUAACAAGCCAAGUUUUCAAUGUCAUCAUUAUAGUUCUGAUAUGUUUCCAAGUAAUAACCUUUAUGAUACAAAGUGAUGGACAGAGUGCACAAAUGCAAACUGCUAUCUACUGGAUUAACUCAAUUUUCGUUAUGCUGUAUACUGUGGAAUGCGUUCUGAAGCUCAUCUCUUUUGUUUGUCACUAUUUCACCAUUGUGUGGAACAUUUUUGAUUUCAUGGUAGUCAUUUUCUCCAUUACAGGUCUGCUUCUGCCUGUGACUGUAGGACACUCACUCGUACCCUCCUCUCUUGUGCCCAUGAUACUUCUCUCACGGAUUAUCCACAUCCUACGUCUUGGGAAAGGACCAAAGGUGUUUCAUAAUUUGAUGCUCCCUCUGAUUCUCUCACUUCCUGCCUUGUUGAACAUCAGUCUUCUGAUCUUCCUGGUUAUGUUUGUCUAUGCCAUCUUUGGAAUGUACAACUUUGCCUAUGUUAAAAAGGAAGCUGGAAUUAAUGAUGUGUCCAACUUUGAAACUUUUGGAAGCAGUAUGCUUUGUCUCUUUCAAGUUACAAUAUUUGCUGGAUGGGAUGGGAUGCUUAAUGCAAUUUUCAACAGUAAAUGGUCUGACUGUGAUCCUGAUAAAAUUAACCCUGGGACUGGGGUUCGGGGAGAUUGUGGUAAUCCCUCUGUUGGGAUUUUUUAUUUUGUCAGUUACAUCCUCAUAUCAUGGCUGAUCAUUGUAAAUAUGUAUGUUGUGGUUAUCAUGGAGUUUUUAAACAUUGCUUCUAAGAAAAAAAACAAAACCUUGAGUGAAGAUGAUUUUAGGAGGUUCUUUCAGGUAUGGAAUAGGUUUGAUCCAGAUAGGACCCAGUACCUAGAUUCCAGCAAACUUUCAGAUUUCGCAGCUUCUCUCGAUCCUCCUCUUUACAUGGCAAAACCCAACAAGGGCCAGCUCAUCGCCAUGGAUCUUCCCAUGGCUGUUGGAGACAGAAUUCAUUGCCUGGACAUUUUACUUGCUUUUACCAACAGAGUGAUGGGUAAUGAUAUGAGGAUGGACAAAGUCCUUUCAGAGAUAGAAACGGGAUUUCUGUUAGCUAACCCUUUUAAGAUCACAUAUGAGCCAAUCACAACUACGCUAAAACGAAAACAAGAGGCAGUUUCAGCAACCAUUAUUCAACGUGCUUAUAAAAGUUACCGCUUAAGGCAAAAUGAAAAAAACAGAUCAGAUAUCCAGACGCUAAAUGGUGACAGAGAUCUUCAGCCUUCUAAAGAAGGUGACUGUUUUGAUAAAGCCAAGGAAAAGUGAAAUAUUCAAGGA